AAUAUAAAGAUGUUUAAAGUCUGGAGGAACAGGAUACUAUUUGGAUAUAUCACUUCAUCUCUCCUGUUUUUGGAGUACCCAAAGCUAUCCCCAUUUGCCAACAUUAACACCAUGUUUAACCAUCCCAAGAAGAAUAAGUACAGUGUUGGAGCUCACAGGGGAGGAUGCCAUGAAUACCCUGAAAACACUAUGGCUGCAUUUGAAAAUGGAGUCAAGCAAGGUUGAGAUUAUAUCGAACUUGAUCUACACUUAACCAAAGAUAAGCAAGUUGUGAUAAGUCAUGAUGAUAACUUAAGAAGAUUCGUUGGUGUGGAUAAAUACAUAAAAGAUUUAAAUUAUGAUGAAAUAUCUCACAUAAUUCAAGAAAACUCUAAAGACGAGAAUUUUCAAAAAUUAUCCCUUUUUGAAGAAGUUCUUCAGAAAUUUGAUGUUCCCAUAAACUGAGAUUUCAAGAAAGGAGAAAAGGAUGUGAUUCUCGAAGCUCAUUCUUUAAUCAAGAAAUAUAAAUACCAGGACAAAAUAAUCUGGGGAAGUUUUCAUCAAUCUACUACAAAAAUGUUGAAGGAAGUUGACCCUCAAAUUUCAAGAUUUGUCUCAAAAGAAGAAUUCUUUAAAUGUACCCUUCUCUACUACCUCGGGUUGCUUCCAUUCUGUAAGAUAGACUUCCAAUCUUUCCAGGUUCCUUAUCCAAACGAAUUCUUUUGGAGCAACAGGCUAACUGAUAGCAACAGAAGUGUUUUCGAGAAUCCAAAAACAUUCAAAGUUCUAUUUAAAAUGAUUCAAUGGACUAUCUCCCCGAUGCUUAAGCACUUAGAAAAGAGAGGAAUUCAGACCAUUCUGUGGGUCAUUAAUGAUCAGGAUGAUCUCGACAAAGUUCUUAAAUAUGAUGUGCAUGGAAUAAUGACAGAUGAGCCCUCCAUAAUGGUUCCUAAACUCAAGAAAAGAGAGUAAAAUUAUUUUAUCAA